AUGACGACCCUCAACAAACGAAUUCUUCACUUCGGCCUUCCCGGCCACCCAACUGACCCCUCGGUCAGCAACGAAUCCAUCCAAGCAAUCGUCACCUCGGGCGCAGAGAAAGCUCGAAAGGCCGGUUACGACGUCCAAUUGACAUUUCUGGACCCAGAAGACUUCACUUCAUCGCUCAGCAACCUGAAGAGCGAGCUCGGGACGGGCAAGUGGGACGCACUUGUUAUUGGAGGUGGCAUUCGGGUGGCGCCACAGUUUGUGGUACAAUUUGAGCAGACGAUCAAUAUUGCGCGGGAAGUGGCCCCAAAGACGAGGAUCCUGUUCCAGGCGGCCCCGGGGGAUAUUUAUGAGACUGUCCAGAGAGGGUUUGAAGGAGGAAUUUGA